GGCCUCUGCCUCUGCAGCUGCUGUGAAUGGCCCCCCAGCACGAAACUUGACCCUCUUGGGAAAUUCUCCUUGCCAUAGUGAAACGGCAGAGCCCCCAACCCUAUGACUCAGAGACGAUAAGGAAGACUUAUCAGCCAUGGAGGAAAAACCCGCCAAAAUCCCAGCGUCUGUGCCCCAGUUCACCAAUUCACCCAGCAUGGUGAUCAUGGUGGGGCUGCCAGCUCGAGGGAAAACCUACAUCUCAAAAAAGCUGACCCGCUACCUCAACUGGAUCGGGAUCCCCACAAAAGUGUUCAAUGUCGGGCAGUAUCGCCGUGAAGCCGUCCAGACCUACAAGAAUUACGAGUUUUUCCGCCCGGACAAUGAAGAGGCCAUGCAGAUCCGGAGGCAGUGUGCGUUGGCAGCACUUCAGGACGUCCGCACAUAUCUGAGCUUUGAAGAGGGUCAAGUUGCGGUUUUUGAUGCUACUAACACCACGCGGGAACGACGGGCCCUGAUCCUGCAGUUUGCCAAAGAGCAUGGCUACAAAGUUUUCUUCAUUGAGUCGAUCUGCGACGACCCAGACAUCAUCCAGGAGAAUAUCACGCAAGUCAAGCUGACCAGCCCCGACUACAAGGACUGCAACCGGGAUGAGGUGGUCGAGGACUUUCUCAAACGGAUCGAGUGCUACCAGAAGACCUACCAGCCCCUCGACGAUGAGCUGGACAGUUCUCUGUCCUACAUCAAGAUUUUCAACGUUGGCUGUCGGUACCUGGUGAACAGAGUUCAGGAUCAUGUGCAGAGUCGAACAGUUUAUUACUUGAUGAAUAUCCACGUGACACCUCGUUCCAUCUACCUCAGUCGGCACGGGGAGAGCGAACUCAACCUGAACGGGCGCAUUGGGGGCGAUUCCGGACUCUCUGAACGUGGCAAACAGUAUGCCUGUGCCCUGGCCUCCUUCAUCCGUUCCCAGUACAUCCAUGACCUCAAAGUAUGGACAAGCCACAUGAAGCGUACAAUCCAGACAGCGGAAGCGUUGCAUGUCCCCUACGAACAGUGGAAGGCACUGAACGAGAUUGACGCAGGUGUCUGUGAAGAAAUGACCUAUGAAGAGAUCCAAGCCAACCAUCCAGAAGAAUUUGCACUGAGAGACCAAGACAAAUACCGAUACCGCUAUCCUAAGGGGGAGUCAUAUGAGGAUUUGGUGCAGCGCUUGGAACCUGUCAUCAUGGAGCUGGAACGACAAGAGAACGUACUGGUCAUUUGCCACCAAGCUGUGAUGCGCUGCCUCCUCGCCUAUUUCCUAGACAAAAGUGCAGAGGAACUGCCAUACCUGAAGUGCCCACUACACACGGUUCUGAAGCUAACACCCGUGGCCUAUGGCUGCGAGGUGGAAUCGAUCUUCCUCCACAUCGAGGCUGUGAACACACACCGGGAACGCCCACAGCACCUUUCCUACAAAACUAACCAGGCCCCCUUGUACCGGCACUACCGAUCUGUGCCAAUGGCCAGCCCUGAGCCAACCAAACGACCCUGCUGGAAAGAUCUGGGCCGGUCCCCUCCCCCCUGCCUGCUUGACCCUCAGAAUGUUGAUGUCACACGAGAUCCAGAGGAAGCCCUGGACACGGUGCCGGACCAUUACUGAUCACAUCAAGCCGUACAAGAAUGCCACCUUCUGUUCUACAGUGUAAUUCAUAUGGGCGAUGUGGGCACACGGUGAUGGCACAACCUGGAGAAAUAAGGGUGUUGCCGCGAACUACCUUGCUUACAACGUCUCACAGUGCUGGCCUUUGCACAUACAAAUGGACUUCUCUGAAAGCACAGGUCGGCAAGCCUUAGGUGGAAAUGUGUAUCCCUGGGUUGUGUUGCGUACCGACUAAGAGAAAACUAAAACAAAGUUGUAGAAAGGUUGGGGGGAGGGGGGGAGAGAUAAAUCCUGGAAAGCUAUUCCUUUGCUCCUGUCUGGAGAGAUGCAAGUGUAUUUUUAACCCUCAAUAAAGUCAGUACAUUUU